CGGCGGGUGGCGGCGCAAUGCUGCAGCUGCGGGACACCGUGGACUCCGCGGGCACAAGCCCUACGGCGCUGCUGGCAGCCGGCGACGAUGCAGGCGCUGGCCGGCCGGGAGCGGGCACGCCGCUGCGCCAGACACUGUGGCCGCUGAGCGUCCACGACCCGACACGCCGCGCCCGUGUCAAGGAGUACUUCGUGUUCCGGCCCGGCACCAUCGAGCAGGCGGUGGAGGAGAUCCGUGCCGUCGUACGACCGGUGGAGGACGGCGAGAUCCAGGGGGUGUGGCUGCUGACCGAGGUAGACCACUGGAACAACGAGAAGGAGCGGCUGGUGCUGGUCACCGACCAGUCACUGCUCAUCUGCAAAUAUGACUUCAUCAGCCUUCAGUGCCAGCAGGUGGUCAGGGUGGCGCUCAGCGCGGUGGACACCAUAUCCUGUGGAGAAUUCCAGUUUCCUCCAAAGUCGCUCAACAAGCGAGAAGGCUUUGGGGUUCGCAUUCAGUGGGACAAGCAGAGCCGCCCUUCUUUCAUCAAUAGAUGGAACCCCUGGUCCACAAACAUGCCCUAUGCCACCUUCAUAGAACACCCGAUGGCUGGCAUGGAUGAGAAGACCGCGUCUCUAUGCCAUUUGGAAAGCUUCAAGGCUCUUCUAAUCCAAGCCGUCAAGAAAGCCCAGAAGGAAAGUCCACUGCCAGGGCAGGCCAAUAGCGUGCUGGUGCUGGAGCGGCCACUCCUCAUCGAGACCUACGUGGGGCUAAUGUCCUUCAUUAACAACGAAGCCAAGCUGGGUUACUCCAUGACCAGGGGCAAGAUAGGCUUCUAGACAGCUGUGUCCCCAAGAAAACCAAGGUGGUGGGGACUGGUGUGCCACCUCGUGCUACACACUGUGGCUGGAGAGAACACGGGCAUUGUCACUUUAAGUAUCUGAUUAGAAUAGUCAAGUGAAUUAUAUAUAUUUAGUUGGAUAUUGGACACCUUGGCAACAUGAUAUAUGAAGGCAGAAAUACUGGCUGUCCCCAUGCCACCGUGUUCCUCCUGUAACUCCACAUAAAUGUUUUUUCCAGUGUCACUACUGGGCUUGUUCUUCCUGCCCUGCCCUUCCAGCAUGCUGAGCAGAAUGUCCCCGCCCACUUCUGCUGUGGGGACUGUUGACGACAGGGUGGAGCGCAGUGGCUCCAGUGCCUGCACUGCGACUGCGCACCUGUUAAUACCCCCGUCCAGUUUUGUAUUUUGAAAUCCAGCCCAUUUUUUAAAAGCUAAGUACAAUAGCAGUCAGCAGACUAGUUACCAAGGAAGACAGCCUGCCUGGCAGUUCCUAGUGAAGCUGCCCUUCUGUGACUAUGUUUGACCUAAAGUCAUACUUUGUAAAAGUAAUCCAGGUUGUGUUAAUACUGCAAUUUUCCUAGGCCCAGCAAAGGUCAGUCUCAUGACAUAAUCCAGCCCCUUCUGGAUGUCAUGGUGGUGGGUUUCUAUCAUCCUGUCUCUGUUUAAAAGGGACUGAGUGGUUUGGUUUAAAAAGUGCAUGCUUGUUAACAGACAGAGCAGCCUGCAGCCCCACACAUCCCAGGUGCCAUCAGCCCUACUGAGCUUUGCUGAGCUUCAACCGCCAGCCACACGCAGCUGCCCCUGUGGCUCUAGCUCUUGUCAUUUAUCACGCUGUAGAUGAUGGCCUGUCACUCGAUACCUCUGCUUUACGUUAGCCAGCAUGGAUGCGACCAGAGUGCCAUGGCCUGCCCAAGAGGAAAGGUGACCUCAGAUGCACCUGGUCUUUACCCAGUGCUUUGGUCUUGUAGUAAAGACAUUGAAAACCAAA